UCUCAAUACGAACUUCCUGCUAAAGUAGUGUUCCUCCAUCUUAACGGUUCAAAAUCAACGGUCCGACAAACAAGUAGCGUCGUAUUGUAUUUAAUUACCACGAAUAUUGUACGAAAGCUUGAAUUCAUCGACGUUCUGCUGGCUAAGGCCCGUGAAAGAGAUCUUUAUCAAGAGAUAUUUAGAAGUCGUUCAAAAUGAUGUAAACUUCAAUAAAGUUGACAAGCUUUGUGCGAUGCUGUGAUAAAGAGUAGAAUAUUCAUGACAGGUGGUUAAGACGAAAUGUGAUGUAGUUUCUAUAACUCAUGUCACAGCCAGUGGUAAUCGGUGAAGGUGAGAAAAUUGUGACAGUUAUCUUGCUUCAAGGAGAUCGAGUAAACGUUAGAAUACAAAAAAAUGCGAUCGGGCAAGAGUUGUUCAAUCACGUUGUCAAACACAUCGGACUCCGAGAAACUUGGUAUUUCGGUCUUAUGUUCAUCAAAGACUCAGAACAAGUUUUCUUCAACUUGGAUGACAGGGUGUCGAAAUUAGCAAAAUUCGCUCCGAAUCUUUGGCGAGAUGAUAGCUCACGUAAUUCAUCUCUCACGUUUACAAUGUUUUUCCGUGUCAAAUAUUAUGUCGAGAAUAUUUGCCUGCUAAGAGAGCAGACGACGCGACAUCUAUACUAUCUUCAACUAAGACGAGAUGUAUUGGAUGGGAAUGUUUACGUUCACGAAGAGACAGCCUUACUACUUGCUUCGUACGCUCUACAAGCUGAGAUCAAUGAUCACAACGCAGGCGGACCAAGCUCUUUGUAUUUUGCUCCUGAGAAGUACUUACCUCAGAGGGCCAUUAUGAAAUUGACUCCUGAACAAAUACGUCAUCAACUUCCCAAGAUGCAUCACUCUCAUCGUGGAUUGUCAGAUGCUCAGGCAGAAAUCGAGUUUUUAAAAGAGGCUCAGAAACUACAGGAAUACGGGGUCUUAUUCCAUAAAGUUUCCAAGUACAAGAAAGAUAAGCGUGGAGGAUUCAGUCUUGGAAUAUGUGUUCGAGGAAUGCUUGUCUAUGAGGAGCGCGGGUUCAUGAAAUCACCGAUCUUUCGUCAUCCCUGGCAACAUAUAAAAAGGAUGGCAUUUCACAAACGCAGAUUUUUCAUCGAGGCUCAGGGAACAAAGGAGACUGAAAAGAUCACCUUGUUCACAAGUGGAUACAAACAAUCUAGAUAUCUCCUGCGCAUGUGCACUGACUUCUACAAGUUUCAGUGUACGAUGGAGUCCAGUUUAACUGAUCUCAGAGAUAAUCGUUCUGUUGAUAGUAAGCAAUAUAGAAACAAGACUCGUUGUAGUAGCCAGGCGAAUGGCUCUGCCGUUAACCAUCUCACGAGUAACAAUUAUCAAAUAGAACUGAACAAAGUGAACGGAAGUUUUGGAUUCAAUGUCAUGGGAGGUGUUGAGGAAGGGGGAAUUUUUCUUAAGUCAGUCACACCAAAUGGUCCUGCAUCAAAAUCUGGAAGAAUGCUCGUGGGUGACAAGCUCUUAGAGAUUAAUGGAAAAUCAAUCGGAGAUAAAAGUAGACAAGAGGUAGUUCAAUUAUUGCGUAGUGGACCAGCGUCAGUCACGCUAAAGAUGCAAACAGGAGAUGCCUCGUCUCUUUCUUCCAUUGCUUCACGGCACCGCACCAGCACGUCAAGCGAACAGCUACCUUUGACUUUCAGAAAUAUUAAUAACAUGAAAAGAUCAGAGAAAGAUGCUCCGAUUUGUUUGACGAUAGAAUUGCCAAAACUUAACGGCAGUUUUGGGAUCAGUUUAACGGGAGGUCCAGAAAUCGGUGGGAUAUUUGUCAAAACUUUACUUCCUGGCGGAGCUGCCGAACAAAGUGGCUCAAUUCUCGUCGGAGAUCGGGUUUUGGAAAUCAAUGGGAAAAACUUAGAGCAAUAUAACAGAAAACAGGCCGCACAGUUAUUACGAGCAUCACCAGCUACUGUUAGGAUCAUUCUUGAACGGUACAAAGGCGCCGGAGCUCAACUGGACGAAAAAGCGAUGUCAAUUGAACAGGAUAUAUUAAAAUCAUCACCGACCAACAUUCUUGUUGAGAUUCAAAAACAACAACAAAGUCUGGGUCUGAGUGUUGUGGGUGGGGUUGAACUCGGGGGAAUUUACGUGAGAACACUGAAUCCAAAUGGCGCUGCUGCAGCUGAUGGACAAAUAUCUGUUGGUGACCGUAUUUUGUGUGUGAACGCAGUGAGUCUUAUCGGAGCAAGUAGACAAGAGGCUGUCGAUGUGAUGCGCAGUGCAGGAAGGACAGUGAGAAUGGUGGUUGAUAAAUGUGAACCAUCUCAUGAUGCAAUGUCAGAUUCAAUGAUCAGUUUCCAAAGCUUACAAACUCUUGAGGAGUUGGACAAACCGUUUGAAGUGAUACUUUAUAAACAAGACUCUGGUCUGGGGAUGCGUCUUGUUGGUGGAGGUCAACAUGGUCCAAUAUGCAUAAAAACUCUAAUCCCGGGGGGACCUUCAGCAGACUGCGGUGCCUUGGAAGUAGGAGACAUCUUAUUACAAGUGAAUGGAAAUAGCUUGGAGCGACUAACGUACAAGGAUGCUCUGUCGAUCUUACGAUGUUGUCCACCUGAAGUUCGUCUUCUUGUUCAGAGACCAAGGACAUCUCUUCUUCAUAACAGUUACAAUGAGCCAUGAGACAGACAGCUCAAUUAUCAUUUCAAAUCUUCUAAAUUCAUUCCAAGUUAUCACUGCACUAAGUACUUAGUUCUCCCAAAGUGAACAAUACCAAACAUCUAACACUUUUUGCCAAAAUUUUUUUG